ACGGCAGGAAUUCGGCACGAAAGGGCAUCACACCUUGUUAUUUUAACUUGUGUCUGGGAGAAUGUCUGAGCCAGGAGACCUGAAUCAGGCAGCGGUGGAGGAGGGCGGGACUGAGCAGGAGUCUGCCACCCCGGAGAACGGCAUUGUGAAAUCAGAGAGUCUGGAUGAAGAGGAGAAACUGGAACUGCAGAGGCGGCUGGCAGCUCAGAAUCAAGAAAGAAGAAAAUCCAAGUCAGGAGCAGGAAAAGGUAAACUGACUCGCAGUCUUGCUGUCUGUGAAGAAUCCUCAGCCAGGCCAGGAGGUGAAAGUCUUCAGGAUCAGGAAUCAAUUCAUUUACAGCUUUCCAGUUUUCCCAGCCUGCAAGAGGAUGAUAAAUCUAGGAAAGAUGACUCAGAAAGAGAAAAAGAAAAGGAUAAAAACAAAGAUAAAACCUCUGAAAAACCCAAGAUCAGAAUGUUAUCAAAAGAUUGCAGCCAAGAAUACACGGAUUCUACUGGCAUAGACUUACAUGAGUUUCUGAUUAACACAUUAAAGAAUAAUUCCAGGGACAGGAUGAUACUCUUGAAAAUGGAGCAAGAAAUUAUUGAUUUCAUUGGUGACAACAACAAUCAUUAUAAAAAGUUCCCUCAGAUGUCAUCCUAUCAGAGGAUGCUUGUCCAUCGGGUGGCAGCUUACUUUGGGUUGGAUCACAAUGUGGAUCAAACAGGGAAAUCUGUUAUCAUCAACAAGACCAGCAACACAAGAAUACCAGAGCAAAGGUUUUGUGAACAUUUAAAAGAUGAAAAAGGUGAAGAAUCCCAGAAGCGGUUUAUCUUGAAGCGAGAUAACUCUAGUAUUGAUAAAGAAGACAAUCAGUCAGUUUGCUCCCAGGACAGCCUUUUUGUGGAAAACAGUAGGCUCUUGGAAGACAGUAACAUAUGCAAUGAGACCUAUAAGAAAAGACAGCUCUUUCGGGGCAACAGAGAUGGUUCAGGGAGAACAUCCGGGAGUCGACAGAGCAGCUCGGAGAAUGAGCUCAAGUGGUCGGACCACCAGAGGGCCUGGAGCAGCACAGACUCUGACAGUUCCAACCGCAAUCUCAAGCCUACCAUGACCAAGACGGCAAGUUUCGGGGGCAUCACGGUGCUGACCAGGGGUGACAGCACAUCCAGUACCAGGAGUACCGGGAAAUUGUCCAAAGCAGGUUCUGAGUCUAACAGCAGCACAGGCUCCUCGGGGUCUCUGCCCCGCACCCACGCACCCCUGCAGGGCACGCCCCUGGCUGCGGGCGUGGCCGCUGGCUCUCCGGGCUGUGUGCCCUAUCCAGAGGGUGGAGCAGGGGGCCAGGCAGCCCCCAGCACCAGCUACAUCCUCCUUCCACUGGAGGCUGCGACAGGCAUCCCGCCCGGAAGCAUCCUUCUCAAUCCGCACACAGGCCAGCCCUUUGUGAAUCCUGACGGAACCCCUGCAAUAUACAACCCCCCCACCAGCCAGCAGCCCCUGCGAGGCUCGAUGAUGGCACAGUCCCAGCCGCCGCCGCAGCAACAGCCUUCUCCUCAGCCACCCCAGCCACAUAUGGCCGGUCCGCUGGUCACUCAGUCGGUGCAGGGGCUGCAGGCUUCCUCCCAGUCAGUGCAAUACCCAGCGGUCUCUUUUCCUCCCCAGCAUCUCCUGCCUGUGUCUCCAACUCAACAGUUCCCCAUGAGAGACGAUGUGGCGACACAGUUCACCCAGAUGAACCUGAGCCGGCAAUCCUCAGGAGAGACUCCUGAGCCCCCAUCUGGUCCUGUCUACCCGCCGUCUCUCAUGGCACAGCCAACCCAACAGCCAAGCUACGUCAUUGCCUCUACAGGCCAGCAGCUCCCUACGGGGGGGUUCUCAGGCUCUGGACCUCCCAUCUCCCAGCAAGUCCUCCAGGCCCCUCCCUCACCACAGGGAUUUGUGCAACAGCCUCCACCUGCACAGAUGUCCGUGUAUUACUAUCCAUCUGGUCAGUACCCUACCUCAACCACGCAGCAGUACCGACCCCUGGCCUCCGUUCAGUACAGUGCUCAGAGGGGUCAGCCAAUGCCGCAGGCAGCACAACAAGCAGGUUACCAGCCAGUCUUGUCUGGCCAACAGGGGUUCCAAGGCCUCAUAGGAGUGCAGCAGCCGCCCCAGAGUCAGAGCGUGAUGAGCAACCAGCCAGGAGCUCCGGUGCAAAGCGUGAUGGUCUCCUACCCAACAAUGUCUUCUUAUCAGGUGCCAAUGACCCAGGGUUCUCAAGGACUGCCCCAGCAGUCAUACCAACAGCCAAUCAUGCUACCUAACCAGGCAGGUCAAGGGUCACUCCCAGCCACUGGAAUGCCUGUUUACUGUAAUGUCACACCGCCGACGCCUCAGAACAACCUUAGGCUGAUCGGUCCACACUGCCCCUCCAGCACUGUCCCUGUGAUGUCGGCUAGCUGCAGGACAAACUGUACAACUAUGAGCAACACCGGGUGGCAGGUCAAAUUCUGAGUGCUCUGGCUGUGCUACAUGUUUGUGAUCUUACUCUUGGCCUUCAAGGGAAGAGGAGCAAGGUGGGAGACUGGCUGAGGACUCAAGCAUUCACUCAACACUCAAAUGAUUGCUGCUGGUAUUCUGUAAAAAAACAAACAGAAAAACAAAAAACAAAACAAAAAAAAAACAAAGACUAAUACACACAUUAGCUGUUUAAUGGUGCAUAUUUCCGUCAUGUCUGCUAGGUAUGCCUUUAGCUUAGCUAGUG